AUGCAUCUUCCUCCGAGCUGCGUCCUCCUCCUCCUCCUCCAGGGUAACAUCGCGCUGCCGGCCUUCUGCGCUCCAGAGGAACCCGGCGCCGGCGCGGAUCCGGGCCAGCCGCUGGCCCCGGAGCCCCUCCGGAGCCCGAGCCCGGCCCCGCCGCACGCCCGGAGCCCCCCGGGACCGGGCAGCGCCUCCCGGGAGCCCCGCGGAGCCCCGGGGGACCGGAGCGGGCGCGACCUCGGCCCCGGGACGCUGCGGGACCCCGGAACGGCCUCGGGCGGGCGGCGGAAGCUUUUGGGCUGGGGAGAUUUCUACUCCAACAUCAAGACGGUGAAGCUGAACCUGCUGAUCACGGGCAAGGUGGUGGAUCACGGCAACGGCAGCGUCAGCGUCUUCUUCCAGCACAACUCCACCGGCCGCGGCAACGUCUCCGUGAGCCUGGUGCCGCCGAGCAAGGCCGUGGAGUUCGACCUGGAGCGGCAAAUCUUCAUCGAGGCCAAGGAGUCCAAGGUGUUCAACUGCCGCGUGGAGUCGGAGCAGGUGGCCCGGGCCAGCAAGACGUCGCUGUGCGCCUUCGACCCGGGCCAGACGUGCCGGCAGGAGCAGACGCGGAGCCGCGCGGCCUGGCGCUGCUCGCCGCCCUUCCGCGCCGUCUGCGUCUACGUCACCUUCGACAGCAGCGAUUACCGCCUGGUGCAGAAGGUGUGCCCCGACUACGGCGCCCGCCGGCGCCCGGCGUGA